ACAUUGUAAAUUAAAAUUAUUAUUAUUUUUGCUUUUGGCACCCGUGAGCUUUUUAGGCUAUUGGGUUGGUCUCUUUUGCCAAAGUCGAGCACCCUCUUAUUGUUUUAGCACAUUUGUGCCUCCCAAACGCUAUACAAUUAUUAUAUUGUGACGAACACAAAUCAAGUCCAGAAACCCUCACGCCCUAAAGGUGUCCGAUAAUUAAUACCACAAAGUUCGCGUAGCCGGGGCUGGGAAGACACUCAGACUGUCUUUUAUUUGGUCACAAUAUAAUAUGCAAUAUAUAUAUAUAUUAUCAAAGCGGGAAUGGAAUUGGAAUAAAAGGAAGGGCAAGCAAAAUAGACACUAAACUAAUUUUGUUUGACUGUUCAUCACAAUAAUUAUCAAAUAUGUCAAACAUGAAAAAAAAACAUUUCUGUUUUGUUACAAUUAAGGGUCCUCUCUAGCUAUAGCUUAAUGAUAUUAUCGGAUAUUAUUAUGUUGUAUCACCGGCUCUGGUUAAAAGUUUAACUUUGCAGACUGUUGCUAUGGUAAUGUUUAGGAAAUAGCAGCAUUUAUAUGAUAAACAUCAAAUAUUUUUUUUUUUACAUAGCCGACUAGAUAAAAAUGAGUGAAAAAAGUUUUCCCUCCUCUGAUGCUGAAGACCUUCCGAGUGGCAACGAUGAAGAGGCCUCCGAGCCAAACGAACCCCAGCAAAAAUCACCUGUCAGAGUUCGGAGCAGCGCUUUGUCAGUGGUGGCUGUCAAAGAAGAAUAUAACACAUCGGUCGACGACAAAGUUAUUUUUGUCAAACUGUGGUUGCCACAGGGUGUGCCAUUCACCCUGACCUCGUACCGGAGCACGACCGUUUUUGAUCUCCUUGAAAAAGUGGCUCUCGAGUUGUACAUUCCAAGCGAAAUGCUUAUUCUAGUUCUAGCGGGUGAAAAACCUCAAGUUUUGCAAAACAUGGCGCAGACCUUGAGCGAGCUUUUGAGAAAAAAUGAUAAAAUCGAGAUUUACGUCAAUUGCAUUGAUCCUGACGUUGAUUUGGAGGUCCCUGACAACCUCAGAGCAAGACCGACGGACAUUCUGACCGUGAUUGUGACCAGUGGAAUUUUUGGUGAGCAGCAGAAAAUGGUGGUUGUUGAAAUCGAGCACGACUGUCGCAAGAAAGAGUUCUUGGGCGGAUACAGGUGCAAAAAGACGGGUCGGGAAUACUAUCAUGCAGCAAGUCAAACUCAGGCCGACCUCUUGUCAGGGAGACCUAAAAAGCUGAAACGCUCCAGAAAGGUGCAGACCCGCAGCUGCGCUAAUUUUGAGCAGCAGACCCCGAGGGAUGGGUCUACUCAGACUGGAGGGGCCAUCGAAGGGCGCCUCCUGACGCCAAAGGCGCCCAGGGCGAUGGUCGACGUUGUGGCUAGGGUGGUGCUCAUCCAGAGGAUGUUCAGGGGCUGGAGGGUGCGAAGGGGGUUGCAGAAGAUCAGGGAGGAGGCCGUCGCCAAGCAGGAGCUCAAGCUGUACCUGGAGCAGGAUGCAGCCGCCGGGAGGUACAACCCGACUACCUUUGAGGUUCUGUACCAGUUGGUCGAAAGGUGGAGGAAGAGGUGCCUUGACUAUGCUUUUGCAACAAAAACUCAGGGGCCGAGCCGGGCUGAUUUCCAAAACAUCCUAGAAAUGCAGGUCAACAUGCUAGCCGUGAUAGAAAAAGAGAGAGUGAAAAUGAGAGAAAAGCGUUUAAAAGAGCGCCAAAAGCAAUUGCUCGAUGAGAUCUGCUCUCCUGUCAAAUGGAAAAGUUAUAAUGGGUUAACCAUCUCCAUGGAAACAACAAAAAACCAGCGUGCUAGUCAAUUGCGGGAACUCCACGACAAAUUAUUUGCUGAAAAUCUAAACACGGCGGAGCUGAAAGAAAAUUUGCAGCUUGUUCGAGAGGCACUUUUGCACCUGAACGAACCAAAGAAAAAUGAAGUUUUGCAACUGGUUGACCGAGAAGCUCAGCUGCUGGAAAUGGGAUUAAAGAUGAAUGAAAUUAAAAACCUCCACCUUCGAUUGGAAAAGUCAUUCUCUAACCUGAUCAGGGACCCGAGGGACUGCAAGAAACCGAAAUCAAAACUAUUCCUUUGCAACCAGUGUCGCAAAAUGCUUCCUCCGAAGUUGUUUGUCAUCCCGUUGACUCGACCUGAAAUCAAAGUGUGCACCUCGUGCCAGUGGAUUGACAACAUGAGUCAUGGCAGGGUUGAUCACGGCCCAUUCGCGCUGAUGCUGAAAGAGUUGCAGCAACAGGAGUCUCGUCGAGGUUGCUACAGGUCAAUGGCCUUUGUCCUAGAGGUGCAUGACAUCAAGUACUUGGUGGACCAGAUUUGGCAUGGCCAGUCAGCCAUCAGCCAAAACUCUAACUUGGACGAGCUAAGGCUUGGCAGGUGGGAUAUAACAAAGGAGUGGAGUCCCUGGAACACAAUCCUGCUAUCGAGAAAAGAACUGCAAGAGCAUCUGAACAUAAUGGAGUUGAAUUUGAUAUAUGGAGAAGAGUUCAUUAAAAACAUCAACAUCAAGCACUUGAUCGCACAAAUGCAUUUCAAAGGAUUGCAUAAUUUGAAAUAAAACUCACCAUCUCAAAUUAAAAAGCUAAU